AUGUCGAUUAUGUCAUAUAGCGGUGGUUCAGUAUUGGCGAUGUUGGGUAUAGACUGUGUUUGUAUUGCGACUGAUCUUAGAAUUGGCGAAAGAAUGACAACAAUUGCGACAAAUGUUGAAAAAGUGCAUAAAUUAUCAGAUAAGUUAUAUAUCGGCCUCGGUGGUUUCCAUUCUGAUGCAAAAACCGUUUUGGACAGGAUUAUUUUCCGGAAAAAUCUUUAUGAAUUGCGAGAAAAUCGGAAAAUAAAACCAGAAGUAGCAGCAACGAUGAUCUCGAAUUUGCUCUACCGACAACGCUUUGGAAAUUAUUUUAUUGAACCAAUAGUAGCUGGCCUCGACCCAGUUACAAACAAACCUUUCAUAUGUUCCAUGGAUGUUAUCGGCAAUAUUAAUCAAGCAAAAGAUUUCGUCGCUUCAGGAACGGGCUCUGAAUACUUACUUGGAAUUUGUGAAGGAUUCUGGCAUGCUGACAUGAAUGUUGAUGAAUUGUUCGAAGCCACAGCUCAGGCUAUGUUAGCAGCAAUGGAACGCGAUGCAGCUUCUGGUUGGGGUGUUGUUAUAUAUACAAUAACCAAAGAUAAAGUGAAUAUGAAAACGAUAAAGGCUAGAAUGGAUUGA